AAUAUUCAUGUCCACCAUAUAAAUCUUCAUCUCAUAUCAAGAAACACAACAAUCCAACGGUCAAAGUUUUUUUUUCCCCUGAUCUCUUAAGAACACGGAGGUAUGAGUGCUUGUCCAGCGAAAGCGUACCUUUUGGAAAGAAAAGGCUACAAGAAAUAAAGAGAAGAAGAAGCAUAGGAAGUAGGGAAGUGUUCCAGACGGUACUCAUCAAUAUUCAGCUUACUAGCUAGCAAGUGUCAUCAGCUAUUACAAAAUUCAAAUUUUCCCUAUUAAAGAUUUCUGAGCAAUUACGCCACAAGUACUAGUCUUUAAAUGGAUAAUUCAUCGAAUUUUGACGAAAUUUCUGAGCCCAGUUAUCAACCCUCACCUUCUUCUUUGGAUCAAAAUGAUCAAUCAACCGUGGAAACUCCAGUGUACUCAACAAUGAGUGGUGAUUCUUUCAUGUUCGGUCGGACUUAUUCAGAGACCUCAGCCUUUUCUGAUCCCAUAGAUGAUAACAGCUAUUCAAGUGAACCUUCUCCUUCUCACUGGCCAGUAACCAAAUCUGGAGCACAAAAUCAGGCUAUGUUUGGAAGACUAGAAAUGAAGCAACAGAAGCAAGAUGUGGAUGACAAGUUGGAUGAUCAAGAAUCAGUUGACUUAGAACUUGAGACGAUGAAAGAAAGAUUCUCAAAGCUCUUGCUUGGCGAAGACAUGUCAGGAAGUGGCAAAGGUGUCUGCACAGCUGUUACUAUAUCAAAUGCCAUAACCAAUCUCUAUGCAACUGUGUUUGGGCAAAAUUUGAGAUUAGAACCACUGAAACCUGAGAAGAAAUCGAUGUGGAAGAGAGAAAUGGAUUGCCUUCUUUCCGUAUGUGAUUACAUAGUAGAAUUUAUCCCCAAGUCUCAGAAUUUACGAGAUGGGACAGCUCUUGAGGUGAUGGAAAGUAGACCACGAUCAGAUAUUUACAUCAACCUUCCGGCAUUAACAAAGCUAGACGCGAUGCUCAUAGAAGUACUGGAUAGUUUCCAAGAUAGAGAAUUUUGGUAUGCAGAACAAGGAAGCAUGUCAUCGAAUUCAACUUGUUCGGGCUCAUUUCGCAGAGUUGUUAUUCAGCGCAAAGAGGAGAAGUGGUGGGUGCCAGUCCCAUGCGUCCCACCAGAUGGCCUCUCUGAGAAGUCGAGGAAGCACUUGCGACACAAACGUGACUGUGCAUAUCAAAUUCACAAAGCUGCCAUGGCCAUUAACAGUAGCAUUCUUACCGAGAUGGAAAUUCCACACUCUUACAUGGCAUCUCUUCCAAAGAGUGGAAGAGCGAGUCUGGGGGACACGAUUUACCGUUACCUGUGUACAGCAGACGGAUUCUCCCCAGACCAUCUCCUUGACUGUCUCAACUUAGCAUCAGAACAUGAAGCACUUGAGCUUGCAGACCGAGUCGAAGCUUCAAUGUACACAUGGAGACGCAAAGCAUGCCUAAGCCACUCAAAAUCCUCUUGGGACAUGGUAAAAGAUCUCAUGUCUGACAUUGACCGAACUGAUAAAAAUCAUGUUCUAGCAGAAAGAGCCGAGACCUUGCUAUUUUGCUUGAAGCAGAGAUACCCUGAACUUUCACAAACAUCCUUGGACACUUGCAAAAUCCAGUACAAUCGGGAUGUGGGACAAGCAACACUAGAGAGCUACUCAAGAGUUCUAGAAGGGUUAGCAUUCAACAUUGUUGCUUGGAUCGAAGAUGUUCUUUUCGUGGACAACUCAGUGAGAACUCAAGAUCAAUAGACACCGCAUGAGUUUCAAACAUCAGUGAAAUAUAAGAUAUCUUAAUCAAGGAGCUCUAUCCCAGAUCAUUGUCCAACAACUUUCUGUAACGCGCAAGUUUUGUAAGGAAUAGAGUGAUGAGUCUAAGAAAUUCCAUGUACUAUUGUGUGUAAGAAGUUGAAGGCAGUAGUUCUUACAUAGGAAACAUUUUCUGUAUUGACUCAGAUCUUUUGAGCAAGAUAUGUACAUUCCGCAUCCAGUUAAGAUAAUUUUCAUUCUGAAACCUCAAGAA